CUCUCAGUCUCUGCUGGAAAGAGGAGCUGGGAGGAUGAGCGCUCUGUUACCGCGGCUCCCCACAGCACGCUGAAAAGACCGAGAGAAAGAAGAAAGGAAAACCGAGAGACGAAGAGUCCUCCCAGACCAAGCUAAGGGACCACGAGAGAAAAGGGAGCCUGCCUAUCUGUCCUUCUGUAGUCCCCUCGCCGUUUUGGAACUGCCAGGGAUUUGGGCCUUUUAAUUUUAUUCUGCGUUGUUCCCCUCCACAGACGAAGCUUUCUUCCUCCUUCUGCUUUUUACUUUCCUCCCCCGCUCCUUCCUUUUGGUGGAUAUGGACAGAACGGAGAUUAUUGCAGAGAAGCAGCAGCCGCCAGAACAUAUUUGAGCCCCUGGUGCUCGGAGCGUGGCAUAGACUUUUUGUAUUUUUGUGGGUGCGUGCGUGUGUGUGUGUGUGUGUCUUGUAUGUGUGUCGGAGGUGUGGGGGGCGGGAUUGGUUUGCUCGGGGGCUUGGUUGAGGGGGUGAGUGCUCGGAUGAAGACCUCUUUUGGCGUGACUCUUUGCUCCAUCGGGGCAUCUUUGGAGACUUGGAGGUUUUGAAAGUGUAACAAAGCGAGAGAAAAAGAAGAGGGAGAGAAAUACGUACAAAAAGGAUUUAUUUGCUGUUCAUUAGUGGAUUGUUAAACCUGAGUGGGAAGGAGAAAAAACGAGGGGUGGAAAAUAAUUGAGGGUUUUGUUGUUUGUUCUGGGAAUAGAAACUAAAAAAUGGAGACUGUAAGUAGAAGCAGCUUCCAGCCUCAUCCAGGACUGCAGAAGACCUUGGAACAGUUUCAUCUGAGCUCUAUGAGCUCCCUGGGUGGCCCUGCUGCUUUCUCAGCACGAUGGGCACAGGAGAUGUACAAGAAGGACAAUGGCAAAGACCCAGCAGAACCUGUAUUGCAUCUGCCCCCUAUCCAGCCUCCUCCGGUGAUGCCUGGCCCCUUCUUCAUGCCCUCGGACAGAUCCACAGAGAGGUGCGAGACCAUCCUGGAAGGGGAAACCAUCUCUUGCUUUGUGGUGGGCGGAGAAAAGCGGCUUUGCUUGCCCCAGAUCCUGAACUCGGUGCUCAGAGACUUCUCCCUGCAGCAGAUCAAUUCAGUGUGUGAUGAGCUACAUAUUUACUGCUCCAGAUGCACCGCUGACCAGCUGGAGAUCCUCAAAGUCAUGGGCAUCCUGCCCUUCUCUGCUCCCUCCUGCGGGCUCAUUACCAAAACUGAUGCUGAGAGGCUUUGUAAUGCCCUGCUUUACGGUGGCACCUAUCCUCCCCACUGCAAGAAGGAGUUUUCCAGCACAAUUGAGCUGGAGCUCACAGAGAAGAGCUUCAAGGUGUAUCAUGAGUGCUUUGGGAAGUGUAAGGGGCUCUUAGUCCCAGAGCUUUACAAUAACCCCAGUGCAGCCUGCAUUCAGUGCUUGGACUGCAGGCUUAUGUACCCACCUCACAAAUUUGUGGUCCACUCUCACAAAUCCCUGGAAAAUAGGACUUGCCACUGGGGCUUUGACUCGGCAAACUGGAGGUCCUAUAUUCUCCUCAGCCAGGAUUACACUGGGAAAGAGGAGAAAACACGGCUGGGCCAGCUCUUAGAUGAAAUGAAAGAAAAAUUUGACUAUAACAACAAAUACAAGAGAAAAGCCCCCAGGGUAAGUGAUGUCUUUAAUUCUUAUUUUAACUGAGGAAGGGAGAAAGAGAAAGGGGAAUUUUCUAUAAUUUAGGUGACAUCCAUUGAUAUACCCAUGUGUUACCAAGUACUUUUCAUUUUGAAGUCACUUAGC